AUGUUUUUGACUCCGACAUACACUGACAUAUUUAUACAUUGGAUUAUAUUUGGCCGUGUAGAAUGGGAUUUAUUUACCUUGGAUUACAAAUACCCAAUGUGCUUAUUACAAGCCUUUUCAAUUGUCUUUAAAUCAUCUGGUGCUAAACUUGCCUGCGAGUCUUAUAUGCCACGAUACCCGAAAGCACAAUAA